AUCAGCUUCCGAAGUCAAGUUCUCUCGGUGAUUCGGACAACUCAAGAAGCGAAAAUGGUCAACGGCAAACUCGCUCUGGCGGCGGCGGUGCUGGGGGCGCUGCAGCUCAGCCUCUGCCUCGCGGCGCCCGGCCCCUGGAAGGCGCCCGUGGUGCACUCUGUGGGCGUGGUCCCGACUGUGCAUGCCGUGGGCGUCGUAGCAGCCCCUGUGGCUCGACCCGUGGGCGUGGCUUACGUGGGGGGCUUCGACCACGACGACGAUGGCUUCGGCGACGACGACGACGACGUCGCGUCGUCAUCUCCGCCCACAAGCAAAGGGGGGACGACGGCGGACGCGCCGGCAGGCUUCCCUCCGCGGCGACGACAGCGACCCUGGCGAACGGCUUUCCUCUCAGCUUCAGAAAUGAAUAAAAUGCAUCAAAAUGUCAACACUGUGUGA